AUGAUUUCUCAAUCUCCUGGAUUCAAGUUGACUCCAAUGACACCAUUAAGUAUUCAUCAUAAAAUGGAAAUUAUUGAAGAUGAACCAGAUGAUUUAGAUUUGGAUCAAUCUAAAAUAUCAUUUAAUGAUAAUCUCAUUGUGUGUACUUACAAACCAUGUUAGAGUGUUACUAUGAUCACAAAGACAAUUUCAAAAUUGAAAGGAUAGCCUAAUACUGAAUGGGUAAAUCCUAGUCUUAGAAAUGAACAAAGAAAGAGAUCAACCUCUAUAUUGAAAUAUUCAUAAUCUCCAACAAGAAUCUCAUCAAUUUACUUAUGA